CAUCUUUCUGACUUAUGGUGAGAGGAUGGCCACAAGGGAUAGGAGGAGAAGAGCGAUGAAUGGACUUCUAACAGAGGUUUAAGAUAAUACUUGAUCAUAAUCAUCUCAGGAGCUUGGUCUUUUUUUUACCACAAGCUUUCAUUUGAGGUCAGAAGUGCGGUAGAGCUUGUUUCUGGUUCUUUGUUCAUCUUCUAUCCUAGAUAGAUGGAACAUGCUGUUGUUAGUGCCGCGGAAGGUGCGAUCCACACUCUCUUGGGAAAGCUCGGCACAAUCGUCCUCCAAGAAGCCCAGCUUCUGGGAGGUAUUCGGGGUGAACUGCAACACUUGAAGGAUGAACUGGAGAGCAUGACAGCCUUUCUUCAGGACCUUUCUGGGAGAGAUGAAUGCGGCAAGCAAGUUAAGAUUUGGAAGAAGCAUGUGCGUGAGAUUGCAUAUGAUAUCGAGGAUUGUAUUGAUGAGUUCAAACAUCAACUUGGUGACAGCAGUAGUGCCGGUGGCAGCGGCCCUGUAGUGUUUUUCCGCAAGGCCACCCACAUAUUGCAGACCACCAGAGUGAGGCAUCAGAUUGCCAAACAAAUCCAAGAACUAAAAAGGCGUACUAUGAAUAUCAGUGCCCGAAAUUCAAGGUAUAGUGCCAAUCAUCUCAUCUCUGGAACUGCUGGGAAUAGCAUGGCUGCAUAUGAUAGCCAAGCUAAUCUUUUAAAUGUUGAUACUCGCAUUACUGCACUCUUUCCAGAGAGAAGGCAGCUUGUUGGCAUUGAACCACGUCAGGGAAAUCUUGUGCACUGGUUAUUGGAGGCACAUGUGCAACAAUUACGGGUGGUGUCUAUAUUUGGUUUUGGUGGUUUGGGCAAGACAACACUUGCUAUGACAACAUAUCAAAGUCUAUCUGGAAGAAAUGGACCUUUUCAAUGUCAAGCUUUUGUAACUGUGUCCCAGAGUUUUGAUGUCAAGGUUCUGAUGAGAGAUAUUCUUCUCCAAAUCACUCAACCAGUUAAUCAACCGAGUUCUCCAUCAACUGGAGCUGGCAAAGGUCCCAUGGAAGGCCUACUCAAGGGCAUGGAAGCAUGGAAUGUGGUACAACUUGCGAGCAUCCUCAGGCAGCAAUUGGAAAAUAAGAGAUAUCUGAUUGUUCUUGAUGAUAUCUGGAGCAUGACUGCAUGGGAAGGUAUUCGGUUUUCUUUGCCGGACUCAAAUAAUGGUAGCAGAAUAGUGGUUACUACACGAAUCAGAGCUGUAGCACACACCUGUUGUUUCCAUGAGUACGACCGAGCUUACGAAAUCAAACCUCUCACUGAUUGUGAAUCCAGAGACUUAUUCUUCAAAAGAAUAUUUGGCAGCUCAAUUUGUCCUGAGCACUUAGAAGAUAUUUCAGCUAAGAUUCUGGGAAAAUGUGGUGGCACACCUUUAUCCAUAGUCAGUAUAGCAGGCCUCUUGGCUAGCAAGCCUGUGCACAGUAAAGAUCUUUGGGAGAAGAUUUAUAGCUCUCUUGGUUCAGAGAUUGAAACCAAUCCAUCACUUGAUAGAUUGAAGAAAAUACUUGAGCUUAGCUAUAAUGAUCUUCCUUACCACUUGAAGACUUGCUUCUUAUAUUUAAGCAUUUACCCUGAGGACCAUAAUAUCAGAAGGAAAACUAUACUCAGGCGAUGGGUAGCAGAACGCUUUGUGACUGGCAAACGUGGACUGAGUGUUUUUGAGGUGGCAGAAAGCUACUUUGAUGAAUUCAUUAACCGGAGCAUUAUUCAGCCAGUGACCACUAGCUUUACAGGGAAGGUUAAAACAUUCCGAGUUCAUGAUGUGAUGUUGGAGAUCAUUGUGUCAAAGUCAAUUGAAGAUAAUUUUAUCACUCUAGUAGGAGAACAGAACACUUUGUUUCCGCAAGAGAAGAUAAGGCGGCUAACUGUUCAUAGCAGAGGUGUGAAAUAUAUUGCCACAAGAGAAAUAUUAUGCCAUGUCCGGUCCUUGAGCAUAUUUGCCGAUGGAGAAACAUUGCAGUUUGGUUGGAUGAAAUUAAUGAGAAUAUUGGACUUAGAAGGCUACGAAUUCCUGAGAAAUAGAGAUCUCAAAGACUUGUGCAGGCUGUUUCAAUUGGAAUACCUUAAUCUGAGAAGAACACAUAUUACGGAACUCCCUGCACAAAUAGGAAACCUGAAGAAGUUGGAGACUCUGGAUAUAAGGGACACAGCCAUAAAGCAUUUGCCUCCUGGCAUAACCAAUCUUCCACAUUUAGCAAACUUACUUGGAGGAAGAAGAUCCUAUAACCACACUGGGCGGUGGCCUAUUUCUGAGUUCUGGGGUUUACAUAUCCCUAACGAACUUCGAAAAAUGGAUUCACUUACAACACUUGCACAGGUAGAAAUCACGACCUCUACAUCACAUUAUAUCAGCGAGUUGUCGAAGCUAUCCCGGUUGAGGAAACUUGGAGUACUGAUGUUUGUUGAUGACGACAGCACCUGGGCAUCCUUGAUCUCUGCUCUUGAGAAGCUCAGCGGCAGCCUUCGCUCGUUAUUACUUUGGCGACCUGAUGGCGCGAUGAACUUCAACAUUGUCAAUUCAUUAUCCAGUCCACCAAUAUUUACGAAAAGUAUGAACCUUCGAGGUCAGUUAACACAACUACCAUGUUGGUUUCCUUUGCUUUCCAACAUCACAGAAUUAACCCUUCGCGCAACCGAACUAAGCGCCGAGGAAGACCUGAAGGUACUAGGAAGUUUACCUAGCCUGCUAUACCUCAGGUUGCAUCACAAUGCAUACAUAGGAACAGAAUUUUCUGCUUCAGCAGGGGAAUUCCCAUCUCUUAGACUGCUUGUCAUUCAUCUCGACAUGUCUGAAGAUUGGGAGGCAAGAUUUGAAGAAGGGGCACUACCAAAGCUAGCAAGGCUAGAGCUGUCUCUGUUCGAAGAAGCCUCCAUCCAAGAGAUCACUGGCAUAGAGUUCCUUCCGAGUCUGAAGGAAGUCUCGAUUCGUGCUUGUCACAGCAAUAUCGUGAAUGUGGAAGAGAUAGCUACCUCUCUGAGGGCUGAUGCCGAGAAGAACAUCAACAAACCCAUCGUCACUUUCGAGGAGAAACAGUGGGUGCCGAUGAGGUCAAGGACGGAUCCUCCUUUAGAUCACAUGGGAAACCUACUAUCUUCAUCUUUCGACGAAGACUGAUGCCCAGGCGGGGUAACCGGGUAAAGCUUCUUGUGUCUAGUGUCCGCAAUGCUAUCGUCUCCUGCUUGGCUUCUUGUGUCCGUAAUGCUAUCGUCUGCUGCUUGAGUCUCUCCUGUACUCUAUUCGAUCUGGUGCUAUUGUCGAUGGUCAGAAGCUGCAUGACGUCUUGUGUGAUGUAUAGCAUAGCGGCAAGGUACUACAAUGCGGAUUUCUUAUGAGUUCAAAUUAUGAAUUUGGGUUGUAUGGUAUUAUUUGGGUUUCAUAUUGGAUUUAAUGAAACUAAGCUGAACAACGUUCUCAAGGAAAUUAAUGGAGCAUUGCACAAGCCAAUCAUGAUCUACAACUUA